GUCCGGCGAAAAUGCAAAGAGCGCAACAAACACUACGGUGAGCUCGUUCAAAUUCACUGUUGGAUCAAGGGAAACACACUGAGCAUGGAUUUACUUAACAAACUGGAAAUCUACAUCCCUGUGGAGGCUGAAGUGAAAUACAUCUCUCUGCAAAGCUUACCAAACUCGAUGCUCAGAAGAAUGGGUCUUCCCCUCUCUGACCCCGACAUCUCUAGAAAGCUUGCAGAGUCUCCCAAAGGCAUUUGGAUUAGUCCAGCAGUCUUACAGAGGAGAGGCCAGAAAUUGACUUCACACACAGGAGAUGGGGUGAUGGAGAACACGCACUCAGCGAUGGCCACAAAGUUUUGGGUUAACUCGGGUCCACUCCGAAUGUCUAUUGUCUCCCCAAACCAUACUGCUUAUGAGGUGCUGAAGGACACCAUGCCUGGGACACGAAGAUCUCCAACAUUGCUGUUACAUCAAGGCUCGGUACUGCAGACUAACAGAGACGCUGUUGUUAUCUACCGUGGGAGCGUCUACCUGUUCAUCAAGAAGCCCAGUCGCAGCCAAGGUCAAGCAGAGAGACUUAAGCAGCCAGCUUCAAUGUCUGCUAUUCCUUUGACGUCAAAUUUGUCAUCUAAAAGCCAAAAGAAGGAGCUGCUAAAUGACAAAAGGCCCAAAAAGAAACACACCACAUGCAAAGUAACCCACCGUGAAUACAAGACAGAUGUUAUACAGAAGAACAGAGACAUGUCCACAUCCAAGACUAUGUGUCCUGUCCCUCUGCCCACUGAUGGUGUAUACAAAAUGGACAGCCAGAGCUAUAAGGAUGCCACAGGAGAGAAAGCCUUUAAUUCUCAGGGGGAGCAGGAAGAGCUAGUCAGCAGUCUUGGGGUUGGGUGUGAGAUGCAGGAACUGGGUGAUGAAGAAGCAGAGAGCACCGGCCAAAACGGUGACAUGAGCAGUACCAUACAGAUGGACAACGGGGAAGUUGACCCAAGUAGCAGCCAGAGCAGGACCAGGAGAGAUUCUCUGGGUGCAGCUGCUUCAUCCUCGUCAGGGCACAUGGAGUGUGUCUUUAACGAGCUGGCGCAAGCGGAGGAGAUUGCUCGAGUGAAGGCCAAAUUCAGUUCUGCUCUCAACAACCUGCCUUUGUCAAAGUGAAUGCUCAUUCAGAUGGAGCAACAGUAAUGAUACUGUAAUCCCCUCAAAAUUAGACUUAUCUCACGUUUAUUUUAAAGUUUUUUUUACAUUUUUUAGAGGCUAAAUUAUGAUUAUCUGCUCCAUCUGUCUGUUCGUCACUUAGUUCAGAGAUAUGACAGUUAGCCUUGAACGCAUGUGCAUUAGUAACUUGGGUGUGAGGGGGUUUAUGCUCGUGCAUAUACAUAUGCAUUGUACCUAUGUCUGAGAACGACCCCAUAUUCAGGAUUGUGUGUAAUGAUGAUUGUCUACACCCUGUAGUGACAGAAAUCCAACAGUGUUGAGACGGCCUGAAACUAAACUGGGUUCACAUUCUUAAACUGCUGAGAUAACUCAAAGUCCAUAGGAAUGAGAGACUGGCAGGCAGGGACAAAGACUUCUCAGCGAAACACUGUUAUAGACUUUGUACCUUAACCUCAGUUAAUUGUUGUACCUUAAUUGGUUGUUUGAUUGUGGAAUACACUGUGUUAUUAUUAUGCAAGUAGGAUUUCAGUUAAAGAAACAUUGUUUUUUUGGUUUUCAAGGAAGUGUUUCACUGGUGUUGUUUCUCCUUUUGGUUUUUAACAGUGAUAUCAUCUUCAGACAGGUCUGAUAAUUAGUUUGGCAGAUGAGCCUAAUUAAAGGUAAACUACUUAAGAAGGUUGUUUCACAUUAUUAAGAAAGUCAUGGGUUUCAUGCAGUACUGGAAGAAAGAAAGAUCUUUCUGCAGAUGAAAAGCGUGAAAUAUUGCAAUGCCUUCCAAAAGGUAUGAAAACACUGGAAAUUUCACAAAGACUUAAGAGAUCAUAGUAGUGUGAAGAGAUAUCUGUGUGAUUUCAGAGCGCAGAUGGGUUGGUCCAGAUAAAGGUGUACUGAGGAAGAUUUCUGUCAAGCAAAUACAUUGUAUUAAGAGAGCAGCUGUUAAAAGGCCACUGCUGAGCUGCAGAUUUUUAAAGCUGCUGGUGCCUCUGGAGUCCCAAGAACCUCUUGAUGCACGAUCCUUCAGAGGCUUGCAGUUGUGCAUAAAGCUGUCACCCCUAACCAAUGCUUGCAAGAAGAAUUGUUUGCAGUGGGCUCAGAAAUACAUGGAGACCAAUUUUCAAACCGUUUUAAUCACUGAUAAAUGUCGCGCUACACCGCAUGUUCCAGAUGGAUGGAAUUCUGGAUGGCUGGCUGAUGGCAACCAUGUCCCAACAAGUGAUGCUUUAGGCUAGAAUAAUGGGAAGUGAGCUGGGAGGCCCCUUUAAGGUGCCCGAAGGUGUCAAAAUGACCUGCAAAAUAUGUGGAGUUCCUAACUGAUCAUUUCCUGCCAUGGUAUAAAAAGGAGAACUGUACCUUCCGCAGUAAAAUCAUUUUCAUGCAAGACAAUGCACCAACCCAUGCUGCAAAGAAUACUAUUGAGUCCUUGGCUGUUUUGGCAUAAAGGGAGAGAAAAUCAUGGUGUAGCCACCAUCAUCCGUUGACCUCAGCCCUAUUGAGAACCUGUGGAACAUCGUUAAAAGGAAGCUCUGUGAGGAUGGGUGCCAGUAUACCUGAAAACAGAAGCUCUUUAAGGUCAGUCUGGCAUAUGCAAAUGAAAUCUAGGCAGAAACUGUACAUGGACUCACAAGUUUAAUUGAUGGCAGAGUUACGAAUGUGAUAUCCAAGAAGGGCUUCUAUGUUAACAUACAAUUUGACCUGUAAAUAUGUCCUUGAUUGAAAUAACAUUCAUUUUGAGAAAAAAUAUCACCCAAUGCAGAAAAUACAACUGAUUUCUGUUUUCACUAACUCAAAAACAGCAUUUGCAUGAUAAUUUGGAACACAGUGUAGUCUGUAAAGCUCCCACUCCCCACCUUGGGUUGCACAAACAGUUAUUUUCAUGAUUGACUUGUCUUGUUGGUGCCUUAUUUUAAAAUGUAAAAUAAAUAAAAUGUUGCUAAGCAGAAGUUUACAAUUUUGAAUGUCCUGUUUUGUUUAACAAAAAAGUCGAAAACCUCACAUGCGCCCACAUUUUAGAAUGAUAUACAGGGGGUCUUCGGUUUUUGACGUCCUCAUCCUGUGGUGUUUGUCGUUGCAUUGGAACCGGUUACGUGGAACUAGUUGGCGAGCGGAUGAAUACAUCAUCACGCGGCGCUAUAAGAUGACUUUGUUUACAUUUGCUGGUUGUGCUACAUUCGUUAACUUUUUGCCCUUCAUUAUGACUCCCAAGCGUAAGUCAGACUCUUCUGAUGGCAGUGCUUUGAAGAAAAGGAAAGCCAUCUCUGUGGAAGUGAAAUUGGAUAUAAUAAAAUGGUGAAGUUGUAAAAACAAUGCAACAUAUUUUGUUAUGUUCUUGUAAAAUGACUCACACAUGCAUGAAAGUCAUUGGUAUUCAUGACUUCUGAAGAACUGAUCGAUGUCAUGAUGCAUGUAAUGGCUUUGUAUACAUUUUCGCCAGAGUUCUGACUUGCGGCGAAAAUCUACUUACAUCGAUCUGUUGGAACAGCGCUCCAACGCGAGUCAAGGACCCCCUGUAUAGCAAAAAAAUAGGAAAUCUUUUCAAGGAUGCUUUACAUGUGGUCCUACCACUAGUAAGAUGUGAAAAAUAAAACGAUAUAAAUCGUGAAAAGUAAUUUGGGUGCAGUAGCUGUGAAUGAAGCCUGCAGCUUAGACAACCAGCAACUGCAGAGGUCUGGUCAGCUCACUGCUGUCUAAUUCCACACCAAGAGUUUUGCUGCUCUUCAGUUGUACCGUAAUACACUAUAUUGCCAAAAGUAUUCGCUCACCUGCCUUGACUCGCAUAUGAACAUAAGUGACAUCCCAUUCCUAAUCCAUGGGGUUCAAUAUGACGUCGGUCCACCCUUUGCAGCUAUAACAGCUUCAACUCUUCUGGGAAGGCUGUCCACAAGGUUUCGGAGUGUGUUUAUGGGAUUUUUUGACCAUUCUUCCAGAAGUGCAUUUGUGAGGUCACACACUGAAGUUGGACGAGAAGGCCUGGCUCUCAGUCUCCACUCUAAUUCAUCCCAAAGGUGUUCUAUGGGGUUGAGGUCAGGACUCUGUGCAGGCCAGUCAAGUUUAUCCACACCAGACUCUGUCAUCCAUGUCUUCAUGAACCUUGCUUUGUGCACUGGUGCACAGUCAUGUUGGAAGAGAAAGGGGCCAGCUCCAAAUUGUUCCCACAAAGUUGGGAGCAUGGAAUUGUCCAAAAUGUCUUGGUAUGCUGAAGCAUUCAGAGUUCCUUUCACUGGAACUAAGGGGCCAAGCCCAGCUCCUAAAAAUCAGUGCUUUACACCACUGCAUCCGACGCUUUGCAUUGCACUUGGUGAUGUAUGGCUUGGAUGCAGCUGCUCGACCAUGGAAACCCAUUCUAUGAAACUCUGCUGAAGCACUGUUCUUGAGCUAAUCUGAAGGCCACAUGAAGUUUGAAGGUCUGUAGCGAUUGACUGCAGAAAGUUGGUGACCUCCUCAGCAUCCGCUGACCCCACUCUGUCAGUUUACGUGGCCUACCACUUGGUGGCUGAGUUGCUGUCGUUCCCACACACUUCCACUUUCUUAUAAUACAGCUGACAGUGGACUGUGGAAUAUUCAGGAGUGAGGAAAUGUCACGACUGGAUUUGUUGCACAGGUGGCAUCCUAUCACAGUUCCACGCUGGAAUUCACUGAGCUCCUGAGAGCGAUCCAUUCUUUCACAAAUGUUUGUAAAAGCAGUCUGCAUGCCUAGGUGCUUGAUUUUAUACACCUGUGGCCAUGGAAGUGAUUGGAACACCUGAUUCUGAUUAUUUGGAUGGGUGAGCCAAUACUUUUGGCAGUAUAGUGUACUUCAAAUCAAAUACAAACACACUGGUAACACACUGGUAUGUAUAACUGGUGAGACUUCCAUGUACUUAUUUGUCUCUGUAUUUUUAGGGUGGCAUGAUGAUGCAGUGGUUACCACUGUCUCCUUACAGCUGGAGGGCUCUAGGUGUAAAUUUUAGCUGUGUGGAGUUUGCAUGCUUGCUCUCUGUUUUCAGUAGAUGCUAUAGCUAGAUGCUAUAGCUAUAGCACAGUCCUAAGGCAUGUUAGCUGUUCAUUCUGGCCUUUGGUGUGAACAUGCAUGGUGUCUCUGUGUUGGCCCUGUGAUGCACUGAUGACCUGUCCAGGGUGUAUGUUUGCUUUUGCCCUAGUUCAGCUUGGAUAGGCUCCAGGCUCGCCGUACCUCUCUACACAAUAAAGCAGUGUAUUGAUCAUGAAUGGAUGGAUCGAUGAACCAUAUUUUUAUGAGUUGAAAAUAGAUUUCCACCUCCUAGUGGGACAUCUGUCUUGCUGUUGAAAGGGUUCUAAACCUGAAGGACCACUGAGUAUCACUGACAUCUGGAGGAAUCUGAAAAUACAGUGACAUAUUCAAAAGGAGGCUGGUCAUCUGAGUUGGAUCUUUCCAAAGGAGGUUUGUUUUUCAGUGUGUUGAAAAACAGAAGAAUGCUGUCCAUCCAGGGUUUAGAGUUGGGACUUUUCUGCUGCUGUGUAAAGGGAAUGAUCAGGACUCUGGCUAAUUGAAGUCUGCAUACUUGAUGUAACUGCUGGAUUCACUCUCACAUCUCAAAUCUGUAACUGAGCUUAUAAAUGACUAAAAAAAAAUUUUUUUUUACCAGAAAAGAUGUUUUUGACCUUUUCAAAAGCCAUUUCAAAGAUAUAUUUCUAUUUGUGCAAAUAAUGUGCUCACAGUGGGAGUUGAGUGAUAUUUUUUCUUCAGGCCUAAUACUGACAAUCAAUCAAGGAAAGCGAUAACUAAUAUUUGGAACUGGUAUUUACUGUAAAAAAUAAAAUUUUGCUGUCAAAAUUUAUAGUGUCAAAUUUCAACACGAAGCUUUGUUGAAAUGCCUUCAUUAAUGUUUUACAGGUUUAAUUAAAGGCUAACUUUAAGAAUUAAUUUCUUUUAUCAGGAGUCAGUUACAAAUAUAAUGAGAGUAACUGACUUUUUAAAAAAUUUAAACCUUUGUUCAACUGCUCAGAUCAUCUUCCUACUAAUGGGCAUCCAUUAUCUGUGUAUCACAGACAGGAAAAGUCUUAUUCCUCCGUGUCACAGAGCUUUGUUUUUUCAAUAAAAAUCACAUCAGUCAGCCGCACUGUUGCACAGGCUGACAAAACAAUUGACACAGUCUGAAAGUGAUUGCUGUUACUAGUCUGUUCAGUUGCUUUUGUUUUGUCUAUUUGCGGUGUGUUCUUUCAUGGCCACUGUACACCAUUCACUCAUGUUCAACUAAGAAUGAACAUGGCUGAAGUCUGAAGUGCUAUGGUUGAACUGAACAUAAGAACAAGGAUUUAUUGCAGGACUGCUGGGUACCUUUCAGCUAGGUGGAGCUAACAGACUGUUACAUACACUUAUUAAAAGUUGUUCACAGUCUGAAAAACUGGAUUAUGUAUCUUCAUGUUUGUAUCCUGUUAGAACAUAAACACAGCAGUACAAGUUCAUCCACAGUGACAGAGUAGCAAAUCAUCUGAUAGGAGAAACAGUGUGAGGAGAGGAGGGAGGAAACCCUACUGCUGCUUUCCGCCCCGCCUGCUCCCUCACUAUAAGACUGCAGGCCUCCUGAAGCUGCUCCACACAGACAGGAUGCACUCCUCAAGCUGUACCCGAGCUGGACCACAGACAGUUAAGGUGUUGUGUGUUUGGAUCAGCUUGUUUUACUCCAGCAUGUGUCUGGCAGGCUGGCCGCUGACCUCAGAGGCAGCCAGACUCCGCUGUGGUUCUAAACUCCUCAGUGACCUCAUCUUCGUGUGUGGGGAUCGUGGAAUCUAUUUUGGUAAAGGCUCAUGGUCUGGUUACGGCGGUCGGCCCAGAGGGAGGGGUAUUGUGGAUCAGUGUUGCCGAUCAGGAGGCUGUGAACUUGAGCAUCUGGAGAUCUACUGUGCCAAACCAAAAAGCAAAACACACACCACAGCUACCCCAGCCACAAUGACAGCACCACAUACCACAACACAACUUGAUAUGUUCCACACAGUGUUUCAGAAGAGACUUUCAGAGCACCUGGGGCUACUCAAUAGUCCAAACAGGGAAGCUUACAGAAAGAAAACGCAAACUUCAAUUCAAAGAAAAAACAAAGUACGAUCACGCAGGAAGGUACUCACACAAAACAAAACUAUCCAGCCUACACCAGCCUCUGGGAGUCCCCGUUACAGAAUUACAAGUUUUGAAUAUUGACCAUGAACCUUGUAAAUAGCUGAACAUUUAUAGUUCCUGGAUUGUACGCAGUAAGUCUGAAAGAAAGAUGAAUGAUGAACAAGAUAAAUAAUGCCAUGCAUUUCUAGUAUUUAAUAAUAUAUGCAUUUGUUCUAAUUACGCAGCAGGGAAUUAUGGCUUUAUACUUUAAAGCUACUCGAUGCAGCACAUUGAUAUGCAGACUGUGAAUGUUGGACAGAAGCAGAAAUCACAAUUAUUAGUUAUUAUUAACACUGUAUUUUAGAGUAGUGUUUACAGACUGAAUAAAAUUCACAUUCCAUCAUG